CCCAGUGAAGUGGCCAUGGUGGGAAACAGGAAAAUGGGUUUUUGCCUUGGACUGUUCACCGCUACCGCCACGUGGGUUGGAGGAGCCUACAUCAAUGGCACUGCUGAAAUUGUCUACCUGCCUUCAAGAGGACUCGUGUGGGUCCAAGCCCCAGCAGGAUUUGCUGUGUCUCUCCUUCUUGGUGGGCUCUUCUUUGUCAAGCCAAUGAGAUCAAAGAAUUACGUGACAAUGAUGGAUCCACUCCAAGAAACGUAUGGGAAUGUGAUGGCAAGCCUCAUGUUUAUUCCAUCGUUGAUAGGGGACAUAUUCUGGUUUGCAGCUAUUCUUUCUUCCUUAGGUGCAACCAUGCAGGUCAUUUUGGAUAUCCAUGGUAUUUUAGUCAUUGUUAUCUCUGCAUGCACAGUUAUAAUCUAUACUUUAUUAGGCGGCCUGUACUCGGUUGCAUAUACAGAUGUAAUACAGCUGGUCUUUAUAACAGUCAGCCUGUGGGUUUGUAUCCCCUUCGCCCUCAUGAACUCUGCAACAAAAAGCAUUUCCUACACUGCUGUGCAUGACGUCUUCCAAGCACCUUGGAUUGGAAAAAUGGAAGUGAAGUAUCUUGGAAGGUGGCUCGAUGACUUCUUAUAUUUGGCUCUUGGGAGUAUCCCGUGGCAAAUCUAUUUCCAGCGAGUUCUCUCAGCCUCUUCUCCAAAUGAAGGAAGACUCAUCUCCUACCUUUCUGGACUGGGGUGCUUCAUCAUGGCCAUCCCUUCUGUUGUCAUUGGGGCUGUCGCUGCUUCCACAGACUGGAACCAGACUGCCUAUGGCCUCCCCAGUCCCAACGACAGAGGAGAGUCUGCCCUCAUCCUCCCACUGGUUCUCUACCAUCUGUGCCCAACGUAUAUCGCCCUUGGUGGCUUGGGCGCCCUGGCUGCUGCCGUGAUGUCUUCUGGGGAUUCUGCCUUGCUCUCUGCUGGUACCUUGUUUGCUCACAACAUAUACAGGAAAGUCUUCAGGAAAGAUGCAUCAGAGGAAGAAGUGCUAUGGGCGAUGAGAAUGUCCAUGGUGAUCUUUGGCAUGAUGUCCGCAGGUCUAGCUUUUCACGCCCAUUCCAUUUAUGACCUCUGGUUCCUGAGUGGAGAACUCGUCUACGCUCUCCUCUUCCCCCAGCUCUGCUGCGUCCUCUUCAUUCGCAACACCAACACUUACGGCUCCGCCGCCGGGUUCUUCUUGGGCCUCCUGCUGCGCCUCUUGGCAGGGGAGCCCACCCUGAACCUCCCCCCGGUCAUCCAUUACCCAGGAUGCUCUCUGGUUGACGGGGCCUAUGUCCAGCUGUUCCCAUUUAAGCUGUUCACCAUGCUGGUAUCUCUGCUGACCAUCGUCUCCGUCUCGCAUCUGUCCGCCUUUCUAUUUAAGGCAAACGUCCUUCCCCGCAGAUGGGACGUCUGUAAGAUCAUGCGAGCUGACAGGGUGGUCAUUUCCUUACCCCAGAGACGAAAAAGAGAUGCCUGCGCCAGAACAGAGUUUUGAGCAAAUGGGAGACAAAUUGUAUUGGUAUUUUACCCAUGAUCCUUCUUGAAACCAUAGCUCUUUGAUUGAGGUCAUCUUCUAUGCUGUGUGAUUUAUUGUUACAGUCAUACCUCGGUUUAAGUACACUUCGGUUUGAGUAUUUUCAGUUUAAGUACUCCGCGGACCUGUCUGGAACGGAUUAAUCCACUUUCCAUUACUUUCAAUGGGAAAGUUCGCUUCAGGUUAAGUACGCUUCAGGUUAAGUACAGACUUCCGGAACCAAUUGUGUUUGUAAACCGAGGUACCACUGUAUUAUUCUUACAGUGGUACCUCUGGUUAAGAACUUACCUUGUUCUCGAGGUCCGUUCUUAACCUGAAACUAUUCUUAACCUGAAGCACCACUUUAGCUAAUGGGGCCUCCUGCUGUCGCUGCGCCACCGGAGCACGAUUUCUGUUCUCAUCCUGAGGUAAAAUUCUUAACCUGAGGUACUAUUUCUGAGUUAGCAGAGUUUGUAACCUGAAGUAUUUGUAACCCAAGGUACCACAUCAUCAUCAUCAUCAUCAUCAUUAUUAUUGAAAUCCAUAGUCACAGCAAAGUGCCCUCUCCCAUUGUGGCACAACCUCCAACACCUUUCUUUUUUUCCUAGUCCCAUUAAUCCAAUGUCUGGGCUCUUUCAGUAAAAACAUGAAGCCUUUGAAGCCCUUUAAUCGGUGCUGCAGCUACAGAUUUGUUGCUCUUCGAUCGUUUAGUUGUAUAGAGUGUCUUAAUUGAUUGGUUACUUUUGCCAAAUUUGUAGCCCUCUGUGUAAUGAGGGGGGAAAUUCCAAUUCUGAAAUGCAUCCUUUAUCAACAGUACCAUCAACAGUAGGAGUGGAGCAUGUGUCCUAAUUUACAGAGGACGGUCCUCUAUUUGAAGGUGUCGCCUGAAGGGUUGACAUUUUAAAGAAUCCCAAGGAGGGAGAGUUGGAGGAGCUCGCACAAAGCUACAAUUCCCAGAGAGGCAUAGCUGCCAAGUUUUCCCUUUUCUCACGAGGAAGCCUAUUCAGCAUAAGGGAAUUUCCCUUAAAAAAAGGGAUAACUUUGCAGCUAUGCAGAGAGGCUUAACAGUCAAUGCUUCUUCACAGGGAACUCUGAGAUUCGUAGCUCUGAGAAAAGGAACAGGAAUCUCCUAACAACUCUCAACACCCUUAACAAACUACAUCUCCCAGGAUUCUUUGCGGGAAGCCAUAUUUAAAUGAAUGGUGUGAAAGUGACCCCAGUUUCUAAAUAGCAGUUGCUCAGCACAAAUAGUAAGAGAGAUUGAGUUGCCUCGGUGCCUUCUGUUUGUGAUUUCCAGAUACUGGACUCGAUGGAUCUUCCUUCAAAAACUUUCUUUUCUUUUUGUAUUAA